AUGUUCGCCUUCCUCAAGGUAGUGGCCGAGAACUUCGACGUCUUUGCCGGGUAUGUGGUUCCUUCUGGAGCGUAUGGAGAAGGGACGGGGUUUUCCCCGUUUCCCUCUGCUGUGUUUUCCGUCCGAUUCGAUGCCUCUGUUAAAGCCGUUGUUGCUCCUAAAGUCGUUGAUAUGUCUUCAAGUUUGGUUCUUCCAUGCCGUUCGGGUUCGGAAAUGAUGGUGCCUUGGUGUUUCUGGGGUGAUUUUCGAAGGGCUCCUGGGAAUCUGCCUGGAUUCUUGUUGUUCAUUGUCAGGAAUUAUUGGUUUCUCUGCUGAAAUUGGGAAGGGUCGGGGGAGAUUUUUGUCGGGUUAGUGCAAUGAACCCUCCCCUCCCUCUCCAACCUUACGAAGCUUUUCAUUGGCUUCCUCCACAUGUCGUUUGAAGCCAGUUAUUGGGAGCUACUUCGGCUUCUAUGAUUUGCAAAAGCUUCAUAAUUGUCUGAUGAGUUAAAUUAUAAAAAGAAGUAUCUCGUUUUCCCUUCGCCAUGUAGGUUAUCCAAUUGUUAGUAGGCCAGAACCUAUUUGAGAAAAGUCAUAGUAAGAAGAGUUUCACGUUUGUAAAGUUCGUUUGUACGCUACAAAUCUCUCUCUUCCUCUCUCUCUUCCUUUCUCUCUCCCCCUCUCGCUUCCUCUCUCUCUCUCUCUCUCUAUCUCUCUUCCUUUCUCUCUCUCUCUCUCUCCCUCUCUCUCUAUCUCUCUUCCUUUCUCUCUCUCUCUCUCUCCCUCUCUCUCUAUCUCUCUUCCUUUCUCUCUCUCUCUCUCUCUCUCUCUCUAUCUCUCUUCCUUUCUCUCUCUCUCUCUCUCUCCCUCUAUCUCUCUUCCUUUCUCUCUCUCUCUCUCUCUCUAUCUCUCUUCCUUUCCCUCUCUCUCUCUAUCUCUCUCCCUCUCUAUCUCUCUUCCUUUCUCUCUCUCUCUCUAUCUCUCUACCUCUCUAUCUCUCUUCCUUUCUCUCUCUCUCUCUCUCUUUCAUUCAGAGACAAACAAAAACAUAUCUUUGUUUUUUUUUCUUAUGAUUGAUCUAUGAUAUUCUGUGUGACACCGGUCUUAGCGCCGAACUUUUGUUAUUUUUUUGUCAUUUUCCGUUCUUCUCUCUUUCUAAGUUUUCAUUAUAGUGUAUUUUUUAUGCGCCUGAAGUUUUCCAUUCUGUCUGGACUUCAAUUUAUUAUUAUCCUUACGAGUAUCAUUAUCGUUCAACUGGCUUCAUUUUAUUCAUAUUCUUAAAAGAAAUAUUAUGGGGAAGUGUCAACCAACCUUCAUUAUAUGAAAGAGGAAAACUGGUGAGUGGAAUGAAAGCAGAGUGGGGCAGGAGCAAACGAAGAAAGAAGGGGAAAAAAAGAAAAGCUCACUUGGUCGGGGCUACUCCCUUGUUCUCCAUUUUAUUUUAGCAAACUGUACCAAAUAUUAUAGACUUGGUUUAUUAUUCUGAAGGGUCUUAUCUCUUGGUGUGUAAAUUGCAGGCCAGUGGUUUCUUUGGCGUAUCCUUUGUAAGUCUUCUCCUUCCUCUCUUGAAUGGCAGUUGGAAUGCCUUCUUUCUAUGUCAGUGGGUUGAUGUCCUGAACAUGUUGAUAUUGCUCUCAGGUAUGCUUCGGUUAGGGCAAUUGAGACAAGAUCCCGUACUGAUGAUGGGCAGUGGCUGACAUACUGGGUUCUGUAUUCUUUUAUUACGCUCGUUGAGCUUACAUUUGAUAUGCUGUUUGAAUUGUAAGUUCUUAUCAACCUUUUAUUUUGCCCCAUUCGUCUAAAUGUCCUUCUUUUCCCCAUACAGUAGCAACUCAGGACACCCCACCUCCUCACACCAGAAAAGAUGGAAGAUAAUAACAAAAAAAAGCACACUCGCUGUAAUGGGCAUGAUUCACGUGUUCAAUCUUAAUCGGAAUCCUCCAUUAUCAGUGAGAUUUGAAACUUGAUGAUUAUUUCUUGUUAUUUAGUGCUGUUUUCGGCAGUGCUGGUUGAGGCACACACAAUUUAUUCUUUCAAUGAAUUUAUAAAUAAGAACAGAUUAUGAAUUAUCUUUUUGUAUGAAAUAGUUUGAGUCAUGGGAGGAAAGAGACACCAUAUGGAUUUCAGAGAGGGGAGGUGUGAGGCCAUUUGGAAUGGUUAAAUAGCUGUUUUCUUCAUCUGUCAUAUCAAUGGAGUUUAUGUAUUCUUCAGCCUAACUGAUGGAAAAAGGUACAGAGUCAUUAUUUCUGGGAACCAUCGAGAUUUUGGUUGUGCAGAAUUAUCCUUUGGUACUAUUUCAUGUACCAAUCACUGUGGGUGUUCUUUUGUAUUUCUUGGGCGGUUAGUCAUCGUAUCUGUGAGUGAAAAACUCGGCUUCAUCUAAUUUAUUCUUCAUAUUUGUCCGAUCGAAAAUCAUGUAAUGUCAGUGGAGAAUCCUUACGAUAAUUUUCCACUUCGUUGGUUGUUGUUACACAUAAGGCUCAUGUGUUCUCCGUAAGCCUACUGAAUGAUCUUAAUUCAUCAGAGGCUGCUUUCUACAGAUAGUCGAGUAUAGGCAUCAACAUUAUUUUUCCCAGGCUGGAAGUUUAUUCAAAUUUUGCUUUAAUUACAUUGCACCGUGUGAGUAUUUUUCAUGGUCUUCUAGGUUGCCGAUUUCUGCCUUUGCUUUCGAGGCUUGAGAAUGGCGGGAUGGCUAUGUAUCUGGUUAUAGUUUCUUCUUUCUGGAAAGUUCAUCAUGUCUCUGUUGAUCUUCACCCAUGUAAUACUCAUAGUACGCAUGCCUUUGCCUGCUUCACGAGGUCAUUAUUCUUUAGAAUGGGUGUUUUGCUGCUAGGGUUGUUGAUUCUUUGCCUAAAGGGCUCAACGCAUAAGGCCUUUCUUCCAGUUUAAUGUUUCACCGGCUACCCAUCAUCGGUGUCACAGGCUUCCCUUAUGGUCUUAUUUCAAGCUGGCCCUCAACUGCUGGCUGGUCUUGCCGUACUUCAGUGGAGCUGCAUACGUCUACCAACAUUAUGUGAGGCCUCUGUUUCCGAUCCGCACGGUGAACUUUUGGUCUGCAGCCAGGAAGAAGGAUGCGUCCAAGAGAGCUGAUGACGUCUUGCUUGCUGCGGAGAAGUUCAUUGAAGAGAAUGGUCCAGAGGCCUUAGAGAAACUUAUGAUCAAGGUAGGCUACUAAUUUAUUUUUAAUUGUAUGCCCUCUGAUAACUUUUUGUCUUAUCUGUUGCAUCAAAAUUAUCGAUAAGCCUAUCUCGUCAUUCUCAGCUUGCCUUGUAGGCCCCUCAAAACUACCCAGCUCGUAGUUGUUAGUUGUAAAGUGACGGGACCAUCAUCUUGAAAUGCUGCCACACCUGUUAAAAUGAUGAUAACAAGCUUAUGCUUUGUUCUGCACAGUGACUGCGUGCAUGGUUGGAGGCUGUGACUUGGUAACAUUGCAAGUUAAAAAUAGAGAGGGAUUUAUCAGUAACUCGGCUGGUUUGUAGGAAGUAUAGGCCAUAAACCGAUGAGAAUUCUCAUUGAUCCCUGUUAAGACUGUUUUUGUCGAACAAAGGCUGUUUCUGAUUUGAAUUCCAGAGGUGGGAAGGUGGAUAGUAUGGUGUUUCUUCUCCAUUAUAUUGACCCACCCUGUUUCUUCUCCAUUAUGGGCCCUCAAGCAAAGCUCAGGAUUUCCGUCUGGUUUAUCGUCUUUCCAAAAACACCAUCUAUACCUUUUUGCUCUACAGUAAAACAGUGACCGCCCUCUUGCAGGCUGAGAAGUCAUCCAAGUUCAUGAGUCGGCGGUCCACCAUACUCGAUGAUGUGUAUUCUGAGAAGGAAUCCUAUUCUAAGGGCAUGUACCCCACGAUAGUUGAUGAUGAUGACAGAUAUUGA